AUGCAAUAUUCAGGUAUGGGCUGUUUCUGGGGAGCUGAGAGGAAGUUCUGGAGACAGAAGGGAGUCUACUCCACUCAGGUGGGUUACGCAGGAGGACAUACUCCAAAUCCUACCUACAGAGAAGUCUGUUCAGGUAGAACUGGCCACACCGAGGCUGUACGAGUCGUCUAUCAGCCAGAAAACAUCAGCUUUGAGAAACUGCUCAAGGUCUUCUGGGAGAAUCAUGACCCGACACAAGGGAUGCGCCAGGGCAACGACGUUGGGACCCAGUAUCGCUCGGCCAUCUACACCUUUUCUCAGGAGCAGAUGGAAGCUGCCUUGAGAUCCAAGGAGGAAUAUCAAAAG